CUGCGAGUUCUGGAACGAGAUCGCAUCGAGUUGAAUGUGUGAAUGGAACGAAAUCAGUUUUUGUGGUUAUACAUAGGAGAUUCGGAACGAAAAUUAUCACAUUUUUCGGCGUUUGUUUGGGAGAAGGCUAGUCGGAAAACAUCCACCGAAAGCAGGCGGAAAUGAUGCACCAUUAGCGGCCCGCGGGAAGUCUGUUGACGCACUCAUACUCUUGACAAGAGGAAGGAAGUUGCGAGGAGGAAGCUCGGAGCGGACAACCAAUUAGCCAACUUUAUACUCAUCCAUAGUGUUGAAAUUGGAACAACAGCGGGGUUUGGCCAGACAAAUGGAACCGGCAGCAGAAGUCGUAGGGCUCGCCAACGAGCUGGCCCGAGCAGUGAAAAUCACCAUGGAUCCGGCCGCUUCCCAGGCGGCUCGAAUGGACGCAUAUGUGGCUUGUGAGAGGUUCAAAGAGGUAUCGCCGCUGUGUGCCCAAGUCGGACUCUUCCUCGUCACAGGUAAUUUUCCGGCCGUAGUUCGACACUUAGGGCUGCAACUAAUGGAGCACACGGUCAAGUUCAACUGGAACAGCAUCUCCCAGCAGGAAAAGAUUUUCAUCAAAGAGAACGCGAUGAAGCUGCUAGGGGAGGGCGUGGCGGAAGCCCAGGACCAAAGCGUUUCGCACAUCAAGGACGGUCUGUCGAGAAUCAUUGUGGAGAUGGUUAAGCGUGAGUGGCCACAACAGUGGACCACGCUGUUGGCAGAACUGAGCGAAGCGUGUUCCAAAGGAGUCGCCCAGACGGAAUUGGUGCUGUUGGUGUUCCUGCGAUUAGUGGAAGAUGUGGCCCUUCUGCAGACCAUCGAAAGCAACCAACGCCGGAAGGACAUCUAUCAAGCGUUGACUUCGAACAUGGCGGAAAUAUUUGACUUCUUCUUGAGGCUGAUCGAACUGCACGUAGGAGAGUUCCGGAAUGCAACGGCCAUCGGCGACAAGCACAAGGCUUUGGGCCACAGCCGGGUGGUUCAAGUGGCUCUGUUGACUCUGACGGGGUUUGUCGAAUGGGUUUCCAUCAUCCACAUAAUGGCUUCUAAUGGGAGACUCCUUCAGAUUCUCUGCAUUCUAUUGAUUGACGAAGAGUUUCAACAGCCCGCUGCGGAAUGUUUGCUACACGUAGUGAACCGCAAAGGACAGGUCAAAGAUCGCAAACCGCUGCUGAUACUGUUUGACGAAGUCCCAGUGGGACAUUACUAUCGGGCAGCGCUGCAAACAGAAAGGAUGGGCACGGAGUCGUACUAUCUGUUCCUAAAGAAGCUCGUCCAGGUGCUGAUGGGCCUGGCCACUCAGCUGGGUAGCUUUUGGGGUAAAGAGGAUUGCCAAAUUUCCAGACCAAGUCUGGCCACAUUCCUGGAAACGGUGUUCAUCUUCUCUCGCCAUUCGAGCUUCACCUUGUCGCACUACGCCUCCCUGAUCUGGACCGGGCUGUUGAAACAUGAGCAAAUUUCACGGGAACCCAUCGUAAUGGAGUACAUUCCAAAGUUGAUCGAAGUUUUCGGCCCAAAGAUCAUUAAGGUUUGCUACCCAGCAUCCCGUCCCACGGAGAUCAGCAUGAACCCAGAAACCUUCAUCAGCCUGGACUAUGACGACGAGGAAGAGUGGCUCAUUUUCUUCGCCCGGUGUCGAACCGAUUUUCUCGAAAUAUUCCGGCAAGCUACGUUGAUGGCCCCACUCGUGACCUUUUCCUACUGCGAACAGUGGCUCAACGCCAGACUGCAGAAAGCACAUUCCGAACGAAACACGACCUGCAGCAUCACCGAUCCGGUCUACUUGGAAUGGGACGCCCUGGUCAACGUGUUGGAUAGCGUCCUGUCGCGGAUCCUCAUGGUCACGGAACGUCCUUCGGUCGCCUCAGGGCUACGCCUGCUGGAGGAAUGCCUCAAGGUCGAAUCUUCGGAUCCGUUGAUUUUCUCGGUGCUGCUUUCCUGCAUUUCCUCGCUGUUCGUGUUCCUCAGCAUGUCCUCGUGCCAGAUCACCGCCGCCAAUUGUGUUGCCAUGUCCGGAGUGCAGCUACUCCCCAGAGUCCUGGACAAGAUAUUCGCCGCCCUGGUAUUCCAAUUGCCCGGCGCCAACCGUAUCAACCAAUCCAUAGCCGUCAAGAACCUCCGCCGUCAUGCGGCAUCUCUCAUGGUCAAAAUUGCCCACAAGUAUCCACUCCUGCUCCUACCCAUCUUCGACCAGAUCAACACCAGCGUCCACAAUCUUAUUCGCCAGCAAGACCUACUCAGCAACGUAGAACAAAUCACCCUCCUGGAGGCCCUGCUUCUCAUCUCGAACCACUUCUGUGACUACGAGCGGCAAAGCAACUUCGUAACGGAAAUCACCCGCGAUGGCGUCAAUCUCUGGCUGCACAUGGCCCCGGUCGUCAAAAACGCCCACACUUUUAUCGACUUUGUCGGAUUGAACAAGCUGCCCAUCGAACCGAACUCCGGCAUCCAAGAUCCGUGCAACGUCAACCGGGGUCAAAUCGUGUACGCCCUCAAUCUUAUCCUGGGCAUCAUCAAACGGUGCUCCUGGCCGGACGAUCCGGAUCGUUGCUCACGGGGUGGCUUCGUCGUUGCACUCACCGAAUCCGGCAAUCCGAUCUGCCGGAAUCCUGCAACCUCCCACGUGGUCCCACUUCUACCGCACAUCCUUUCCUUGAUGCGAGUACUGAACGAGCUGUGGAAGCCGGAUGCAUUGGCCGCAAUAAAUCCCCACUUCAAGGGCGCCAACGGAAUGCAGGAACACGAGAAGAAGCAACUCCUCGGGGUCACGUUGGUACAUCAGGAUCCGUUGGAUCCGACCGUGAAGAAGCCCCCGACGGCGUUCGACCGCAUGCAGACAUUCCUGUCGCUGGUAUUCGAGCAUUGCUACCACAUGAUGGGAUCGGCAGGACCUUCCCUCGGGCGGGAUCUAUACGCCCUCCCAGGCAUCGCGGAAGCUCUAAUCGGCAGCAUUUUCGCCUCACUGGAGAACGUUCCGGACUUUCGUCUGCGCACCAUCGUGCGGGUGUUCUUCAAACCGUUCGUCUACUCCUGCGCUCCGGUAUUCCACGAAACGGUUCUUCUGCCGAUCUUCGCCCACAUCGCCCCAUUCAUGCUCUCAAGACUGACGGCCCGCUGGCAGUACAUCACGGCGCUGUACGAAUCGGGCGAGCUGGGAGAGGACGUCAGCGAUACCCAGGAAGUGCUGGAGGAUAUGCUGAACCGAACGUUGACCCGGGAGUACAUCGAUGUGCUGAAGGUGGCCUUGGUUGGCAGUACGGUGGAUCCGAUGAUACCCAACGCGACCAGCGAAGCCACCAUGGAUCAGGAUGAUCAGAGCAUGGAUGGUCCUCCGCAUGCACUGACUCGGGCGGCCCAAACUGCCAUGACGUCGGACGUGAUCAGCGAUCUGGGUGGAAAGUUGCUGCGCAAUCAGUACACCUGUACGCCGAUCGUUAUGACCGUUUUGAGCGUCAUCACCUGGAACGACAGCAACUGCAGCUUGAAAGCCGUAUUCCUGAGCGGGCCAAUCAUUCGGUUUCUCGCUGCGGAACAACUCAUUACCGACACUUUGGCAUCGAACAUCAUCAUUGCCGUACUGCAGGGGCUCCAACUUCACGGGCAGCACGAAUCUAAUCAGGCCGCCCUCAACACGCUCGGCGUCACAGCGUACGAAAUCCUGCGGCCAAAGUUCCCCAACAUCCUGGAAGUGCUGCAGCAGAUUCCCAACAUCAGCGCCGCGGACAUCCAGAAGCUGGACGAGAAAAUCUCCCUCUCGGCCAGCACCAAGGGCAACAAGAUCGACAAAGCCAAAAAGGACCUCUUCAAGAAGAUCACCUCGCACAUUGCCGGGCGCAGUGUUGGCCAGCAGGGCAAGAAGGAGGUUCGGAUCUUGAACCUGCCGCCGAUUGUUCCGCCGGGUGGCCGGAACUCGUACAACAAUCUAACCGACAGCGCUCAGGACACCGGUCUGGCACACCUCUUUGCCAGUCGGAGUUAGUAAGCGGCAAACACGAAUCACAUACCACUGAGCUAUCCUUAAUCACCUACCUUUGAACACUACUACUACAUACACACUCUGAGCACUUACGCUAAGAAACCUAUCAAAUAGGGGCUCUGUUGUUUAAAUUUUAAAAUUUAGUAGGUAGCUGUUAGCCAUCAUCACCUCAUCUCGUUGCAUUUGCUGGAGGGUCCCGAAUUCGGGGCAAAGAGCGGGUCCUUUCCCCUUUAUCCAAUCAGUUGCCUUUAUUUGUGUUAAUGCACCAAGCUUUUCCCCCUUAUUUUAAAGCUUAGUAAGUAUUUAUUAGAUUUUUGUUUCGUUUUGUUAAGAGCUUUGAUUGCCGGUUUAUAGACAACCUGAAUCAGGAAGCCCCAGCGCGCUGCUGUAAUAUGUUAAAUCACGAAUCAAAUUAUUCAGAAGCGUUUACUAUAAUGAUAAACUUAAAUGUGUAUGUACUACAAUCGCGAGACUGGAGGAAUGUGCAUGUGACAGGGGAGUGAAUGGGACAGAACGGGGGACACAAUGCGCGUGGACAUUACUUACGAGAAGAAGGGUGUCAUGGCCAGACGCCCCAAAAAACGAAGUGUGAAUUUGAAUGGUGUAUUCAAAGACCGGGAAAUCUUUUUCAAAUUGUAGAAAAUCAUAAACUGUCGGAUUACAACCUAAUAAUAAUAAUCGAUUUAUUAUUAUCAA